CCCCCUCAAAAUCAAAUCUACCUGUCCAUCAGAAUCGGUUACGGGAGGGAGGGAGGGGUAUGGUGGUUAUCUGUGGUGGAGCAAGUCUCAUCAGCAGCACAUGAAAGAUGUGCACUAUCUUUCCUCCCUCCUCUUCCGUUUCUCUCUAGUCUGCGCCCUCGUCGCCUUGCGUGCGCCUGUUGCGCAACCUCCUAACCUACUCCCCUCCUGCCCUUCCCUUCUCAUCCACCACUCACUCUCCACUCCGAUCAUCAUCACCAACAAUAACGACGCCGCCAUGUCCAAAGCUCGAGUUUACUCUGACGUCAAUGUUCUUCGUCCCAGAGACUACUGGGAUUACGAAUCGCACACUGUUCAGUGGGGUGAUCAAGAUGACUAUGAGGUUGUACGGAAAGUUGGAAGGGGAAAAUACAGUGAAGUUUUUGAAGGCAUAAACGUCAACAACAACGAGCGGUGUGUAAUCAAGAUUCUAAAGCCUGUUAAGAAGAAAAAGGUAACCCUUUGGUGGGGAAUUACUUAUCUUGGGUUACUUUUUGGGAAUUGGGAAUUACUUAGUUCUCUUCCCUUCCUUUUUUUCUUAGAUUCAAUUCUUCCAUCUUGCAUUUCAUUUAAUGUAUGGUCAUGUAACAUUGUCAAAAUUUAUGUAUUAUUGACCACAUUGACAGAUUAUGACAUACGUUACUACAUAUAUGAGCUUCUCAAGGCACUAGAUUAUUGUCACUCACAAGGGAUAAUGCAUAGAGAUGUGAAGCCUCAUAACGUAAUGAUAGACCAUGAGUUACGAAAACUUCGCUUGAUAGAUUGGGGUCUUGCAGAAUUCUAUCAUCCUGGCAAGGAAUACAAUGUCCGUGUUGCUUCAAGAUAUUUCAAGGGACCUGAACUCUUAGUUGAUCUGCAAGACUAUGAUUAUUCUAUGGAUAUGUGGAGUCUUGGUUGCAUGUUUGCAGGAAUGAUAUUCCGCAAGGAACCUUUCUUUUAUGGACAUGACAACCAUGAUCAGCUUGUCAAAAUUGCAAAGGUACUUGGGACAGAUGAGUUAAAUGCGUAUUUGAAUAAAUAUCAUUUAGAGCUUGAUCCUCAACUUGAUGCUCUUGUUGGGAGGCACAGUAGGAAGCCCUGGUCCAAAUUUAUUAAUGAUGAUAAUCAGCAUCUUGUAUCACCAGAGGCUAUUGAUUUUCUCGACAAGCUUCUUCGAUAUGACCAUCAAGAUAGGCUUACAGCAAAAGAAGCAAUGGCUCAUCCAUAUUUCUCUCAAGUCCGGGCUGCAGAGAGUAGUAGGAUGCGGAUGCAGUAACCUAUAUACGUGAAUGUUACAUAUUUGCAGUUUCAUACUCCAAACACUCGUCAUUUGGUGUUUAGAGGUUUGCAUAUGGUGUUUACUUGUAUGAUAUGAUAUUCUCUUAUAUCCAUUUGAGAUACUGUAUUUAGACAACUUCUGGAUUGGGAUGUGGAUUUUUACAGCUACCUGUAUGCAUUUAUAUGAUGCAUCAGCUACCAUUUCGUGUAUAUAUAAACACUAGUGUACUUAUGGCCUUCCUAGUGAGAUGUAUUUCUAGUUUUGUUAGUCAGUUGCUUUCAUAUUAAAGUUC